GAAAAUUGCUAUUAACAAGAUUCUGCUAACCUUAAACGGAAAAAAGGAACAGAAUGAAUAUCGGACACAGUGAAUUUCCCGUUCAAUGAUUUUUGGAAAUCAUCAGACAAUCUCAGAAGAUCGUUCGGCAAUUGUACGGAAUACAUGACCGGAAACACGUGCGUUUUGAUGGUCGUGUGAACACUUGACGUUUAGAAAAAUAGGAAGCCACCGCAAAAGUUACAUAAAAGUUCUUAUCGUGCUGUUAAAACACCGUUAAAAUGCCGAGCAGAUUCACCGAGGUGAAACUAGGUCCUCCGAUUGAAGUAUUUGCCCUUCAGAAGGUCUUCCAGAGCGAUCCCCAUGAGAACAAGGUCAAUUUGACCGUAGGCGCAUAUCGCACUCAUGAGGGUAAAAAUUGGGUUCUACCGGUAGUCCGUCAAGUUGAACAAGCGCUGGCUACGGAUGAAACUCAAACACAUGAAUAUUUGCCAGUAUUGGGAUUAGAUUCAUUUAGUCAGGCAGCUACUAAGAUUCUUCUGGGAGCUGAUGCAGCACCUAUCUUAGAAGGCCGAGCAUUCGGAGUUCAAUCUCUUUCUGGAACUGGUGCGCUGCGUGUGGCUGCUGAAUUCCUUGCUCGUAUUCUUCACUUGGAUACGUUUUACUGCAGCAAACCAACCUGGGAAAACCACAAGUUGGUUUUUACUAAUGGAGGUUUCAAAAAUAUACGUGAAUAUCGUUAUUGGGAUCCUGAAACCCGAGGACUGGACAUCGAGGGCAUGUUGGCCGACUUGAGAGAAGCACCAGAGAAUGCUGUUAUAAUUUUACAUGCUUGUGCUCAUAAUCCAACAGGCUGUGAUCCAACUACUGAAGAAUGGUCUAGGAUUGCAGAUGUUAUCGAGGAAAAAAAUCUAUUUCCAGUGUUUGAUUGUGCCUAUCAAGGUUUUGCUAGUGGUGAUUUGGAGCGUGAUGCACAGGCAGUUCAGCUCUUUGUAGCUCGCGGCAUCGAAAUGAUCUGCACGCAAAGUUUUGCCAAAAAUUUUGGCUUGUAUAACGAGAGAGUCGGCAAUUUGGUUGUCGUUAUGUCCAAUAGCAAGGAUAUUGUGCAAGUUAAAUCGCAACUUACUCUGAUUGUGCGAGGAAUGUACAGCAAUCCACCAAACCAUGGCGCACGUAUCGUUGCAACGGUCUUAAAUAAUCCAGAUCUGUUUGAGCAAUGGAAGGAUCAUAUUCGCACGAUGUCUGGAAGAAUAAAACAGAUGCGAGAGGGACUCUAUGAUAGAUUGCAAAGACUGGGAACUCCUGGGUCUUGGGAACACAUCAAAAAGCAAAUUGGCAUGUUUUCGUACACCGGAUUAAACGAACGUCAAGUUGAGCACAUUAUGGACCACCAUCAUAUUUAUCUAUUGCGCAGCGGUCGAAUCAACAUGUGUGGUUUAAAUGAAAAGAAUUUGGAUUAUGUGGCAAAAGCCAUCCACGAUACUGUGAUCCAAUUCCCAAACGCAUGAUGGAAAUGACCUCUCUCUGAACAUCAAAACUCAGAGUCGCACGAUGUAGGAAAAGGUAUUGAACGAGUUAUAGAGAAUAUGCGUGAAAUAGGUCAGUCACAAAUUUUAAGAAUCAAUUCAUAAUUGGACAUUUUUUUCGGAGCAUCCACGUUUUACAGCAAAACUUGACAUGAAGUUAUUCAACUUUUGAAUUACUGCUCAUUGUCGAUGCGUGAAUCAUCCGGGUAGUUAAUUCGAGGACAUAAAAACGUCCGAAAAAUAGUACAAAGAAUCAAAGUAAUCGGAAUUUAUUUGCAACGAAAUUUAGUAACGAUUUGACACUUUACUAAAAGAAAAGCAAAUCUAAUAAUGCCAAAAUUAUCUCUAUCCAAUUCUAUUUCCAGUUGAAAAAAAAGGGAACUAAGCGUCAACUUUUAGACCUUGAUUGCAUUUCUUCUUUGUAGAAAAAGAAACUAGUUUAAAUUCAAAAAUAAUAGUAACAAAUCAUUUCUGUAUUAAUUCUGCAUUUAGCGAUUCCUACUACACCCUUAAUUAAUCAAUAACGGCAAGUGAUAUGAAGCUUGAAAUGACACAGUUAGCGGUGAUUGAAAAUACUCUGUAACGUUUGCAAAAACUGAGCACUCUAAAUGGUAGAUGAAUAUGUAAAUAUGUUAUGAAUUAGAGGCGACUCAUAAUAUAUAAUAUAUAAAUAAAAUCCACAGUAAGUAUUUA